AUCCAUAAAAUAAGAGCGAGCAGUGAGUCGUAAAAAUAUUACUUGCAGGUCUGUCCGGUCCAACGCUCACCGCUGCCGUCUUUACUCUCAGGAGGAAUGUUAAAAACGGUUCAACAAGGAUAGCAACGCGUCGGCUUGAUCCCUUUAUAUUUGUUACCAAUGCAAGAUGUCGGUGUAGUCCGGCAUGAUAGUACCGUCCUGAGUGGCCACUGUGAUGAUCCAUCGGAUAUUGAAAAGCAGAGUGCGGAGGCCAGCAAUCAUGACUUAGCUGCCGAAAGAGUGGAUCAAUCUGUACUCACCAUAGUGGUUUCUGCAGACGAAUCACCCAUAGUGGUUUCUGCAGGCGAAUCACUAAACUCCCAGGCUACCACAUUAACCACAGACCCAGUUGGGAAUAGUUCCACCAUUGAGAAAAUAGCAAUUGUAGAGUCUCCUAAGAAGCCUUACUUAUCCAGGAAUCAUAGUUUUCAUGAACAAUGCAGAGUAUGUCAAGAGGAAAAGGAGGAGGAAUUGAUCGAUCUUGGAUGCCACUGUCGUGGUGGAUUGGCAAAAGCACACCAGGCAUGCAUAGAAACAUGGUUUAGUACUAGAGGUUCAAAUAAAUGUGAAAUAUGCCAGCAAGUAGCUGUAAAUGUGGCAUCUCCUGAGUCUCAUGCAUCUACAAGUUACUGGAUUUGGAGAGUCGAUCCUUCUUUUAGGGGGACGAAUAUUUCCCAAGAGCAGGAUAGAUUUGUACAGGGUUGUCUUAAUCCACUUUGGGUAGCAUUUUGCAUCCUCAUUGGUGGUCUGUUUCUGGAUGUGUUAAUAUCCAUCACGCUUGGAGUCUCUGCACUGCCUGUGAACAUCAUAAUCGGGGUAAUAGUUGUGCUGGGACUCGGAACAGCUCUUCGGCUUGCCCUUGAGUUCUGCCAUGAUCGGAGUACCAGAAGAGUAGUGCACCGGUUAGAAGGAAAUGUCAGUCUUGGAUUUCAUCCUACGGUAUAGACGAAAGAUACUUGGAAGUGGAUUACUGAUACAAAACUAGGAAAUUGUUCAUACACCCUCAAACGUUGAAAUUUAUCCAGCCAGUAUUUUUAAAUGACAAUUCCUGAGUGUGAACUUACUUUUACCCAUUGUAUUUAUUUUGUUUGAGGAUGCAGUGUGCAGUUUGACAUGUUUUGCAGCUUUGAUAUCUAUAUUCAACAGUCUCUAUUCCCAAAA